ACUCACCAAUUUUUCUUUCUCAUGUUAAUUUGUUUCUGUGGUGUUCCAGUCACCGCAGCUCUGUCAUCAUCUUCUCUUCGCUUCUCUCUGCAUCUUCUUCUUCUCCAUCUACCAAUCUCAAACCUGCAAAAAACUCGAACCGUAGAUCGUAUUGCCAAAAGGGUUACGAGUCCUAAAGUUCUGAGUACAGUUGCAAUUGAAAGAUUCGUUUUUUUUUGUUCUUCUUUUUCAAAAUUUUGUGUAGUCUCUGUAUGUGAAGAAGGAGUCAGAUUCUGUUAACCUGUAUCGAAAAAGGACCCAACUUUAUCGGGGCUCCGGGUCUCAAAAGCUUUUCAAAUGGCGGCGUCAGAGAGAUCGAUGGACCAACAAGUCGACACGAGUUCUUCUUCCUUCUUACAAAAGUUCAGACUUUACGAAACACGCUCGAACUUCUACAUGAUUGGUAGAGACAAAAACCGAACCUUUUGGAAGGUUCUGAAGCUAGACAGAACAGAGCAAACAGAGCUCAACUUUCACCAAGACUCAACCCCUUACACAGAAGCUGAAUGCUUCGAGACUCUGAGAAGGAUACACGAAGGGAACAGAUCCUCCGGUGGGUUAAAAUUCGUCACCACUUGCUACGGAAUCAUCGGGUUCAUAAGGUUCUUGGGACCUUACUACAUGCUGAUAAUCACCAAGAGAAGGAAGCUUGGUGAAGUCUGUGGGCACACUGUUUAUGGUGUAGCAAAGAGCAGGAUUGUUACGAUUCCACAUGCCUCUGUGCUGUCCAAUGUGGCUUAUUCUAAGGAUGAGAAAAGGUACAAGAGGCUUCUAUGCAGUGUUGAUCUGACAAAGGACUUCUUCUUCAGCUAUUCCUAUCACAUCAUGCACUCACUUCAGAGGAAUCUGACAAACAAUGCUGAAGGACACAUUUACUAUGAAUCAAUGUUUGUCUGGAACGAGUACUUAACUCGACGGAUCCGAAACAGCACCAAGGACUGUAUGUGGACAGUUGCCUUGGUGUAUGGAUUCUUCAAACAGGUUAAACUAUCAGUUUCUGAGAAGAACUUUAGAUUGACUCUAAUUGCAAGAAGAUCUAGGCAUUAUGCUGGCACAAGAUAUCUGAAACGUGGUGUGAACGAGAAAGGAAGGGUAGCUAAUGAUGUAGAGACAGAGCAGAUUGUAUACGAGGAUGCUCAAGAUGGUCAUCCGGUCAGAAUAAGUUCUGUAGUUCAGAACCGUGGCUCCAUACCUUUGUUCUGGUCUCAGGAUACCUCACGCUUGAAUAUCAAACCUGAUAUCAUAUUGUCAGGGAAAGACCCUAACUUCGAGGCAACCAGACUGCAUUUCGAAAAUCUAGCAAGGAGAUAUGGGAAUCCAAUCAUAGUACUGAACUUGAUCAAGACACGUGAAAAGAGGCCUCGAGAGACUAUCCUGCGCGUAGAGUUUGCAAAUGCCAUCAAGUUUAUAAACAAAGGACUAAGCAAGGAGGAGCGUCUAAGGCCUCUCCACUGGGAUUUGCAUAAACACUCCAGAAAAAAAGGCACAAACGUGUUGGCGAUUCUGGGCAGGUUGGCUACUUACGCACUCAACUUGACUGGCGUCUUCUACUGUCAGCUAACUCCAGAUGGGUUUCAGAACAACGCUGGUGAAUGUUCCACUACAGAUGAGAUUGCAUCAGAUUCAUUGGUGGAGAAGAAUGGUAAUGACACCACCGUGCUUCAGAAAGGAGUCUUGAGGACGAACUGCAUAGACUGUUUAGACCGGACCAACGUUGCUCAGUACGCUUAUGGUUUGGUAGCAUUCGGGCGUCAACUCCAUGCUUUGGGAUUGACAGAGUCUGCUACCGUUGAUCUAGAUAACCCUCUGGCUGAAGAUUUGAUGGGAAUCUAUGAGACAAUGGGAGACACGCUUGCGCUUCAGUACGGAGGAUCCGCAGCACACAACAAGAUAUUUUGUGAAAGGCGUGGUCAGUGGAAAGCGGCUACUCAGUCACAGGAACUCUUUAGAACAUUGCAACGUUACUACAGUAACGCUUAUAUGGAUGCUGAAAAGCAAGAUGCGAUUAACUUGUUCUUAGGAUACUUUCAGCCACAACCAGAUAAGCCAGCUCUAUGGGAAUUAGGUUCUGAUCAGCAUUACAAUGCAGCAAGGUUUCUUGCCAGUUCUGUACCUGAGAUCUCAAGGUCUACAAUGAAACGGUCUCUAUCAGAGAGUAGCAUCCUCAGCGAGGGUAGUACAGUAGCUGGUAGACAUGGUUUAGGUGAGAAGGAUGAUGAAGUUAAAGGUGUAUCAGAUUCAGCACCUGAGAUCAAAACUGCCAUGAUUGCUGGUAGUUUCAGUGCUCCACCAGCGACGUUGGAGGAUAUAGGUUUAGAAGAUAUACUUGAAAGCGAUUGCUUCUGCAAUGAUGAUAGGCAUGGUGGUGGUGACCAAUGUACGUGUGCAGCUUUUGAUAUGGAUUGGGUUUCUUCUUCAGGAGCCUCUUGUGAAGAUGAGAGUUACGGAAGAUCAACAGUGGUUAGAUCUUUUGAAACCAUCCCUGAAAGUACAAAAAUAGAGUCAGAGAUCUGUGUCAUUAACACAGAGAGAGAAGAAGUAACAACUGUGGAGGGAGAAGGCAUAUAUGGGAUUCCACAAGGUUAUGUGAGGUGGGUGAUGGAUGAAGAAGAGGGGCAUUUCUGGUGAGACAAGAGCUUAGAUUGUUUUUUACCAAAAAAAAAAAGAAAAGAAAGAAUAAGAUACAUGUUAGGUGCUGAUGAAGAAAGAAAAGUAUCAGAGAAAGGAUACUACUAACCGCUGCUAAUUCACUAAAUCAGAUUGGAAGAAAAAUGGUGAAAAGGUGAGAAAAAAAGGGAGAGUAGAGUAGACAAACUUGUAUAUAAUUUACCUUAUACAGAAACACAUAUUUGAUGAAGAACAUUAGCUUAGAUCUUGUUGUAUUUUAUCUUCUUUGUGACAUUAGCAAUAAAACAGAGUAUGUUCAGUACUA